AGUAACGUUCAUCUGCCGGUUUGAAAGUCCUUUUUGGCGCCACCUUCACUUGGAACUCCGCAUUCGUCCGGCUCCGACCUCUCUCUUAGUGUCCACGAUGCCGACGGAGCUGUCUCCGAUCAAGUCUAAGCGUAUGGAGGAGAAGGCCUCGCUCCAGAAACUGAACUCCCGUCUGGAGAUGUACGUGCUGGGCGUGAACGAGCUGGAAGGAGCCAAACAUGCAGCUGAGAGGGAGCUGGAGACCAUCAAGCAGCGCAUGCAGCAAGAUCUCGAGAGCGUACGCUCGCGACUGACAAAGGAACUGGAGGAGACUCGCAAGAAAUUGAACGAUGAGAUCGACCAGAAUGCAAAGCUGCAGACACUCGAACAGGAGCAACACAAGGAGCUGGUGAAGCUACGCGCUCAGCAGACAGAGCUGGGAGAAGCCAAAGUGUUGGUCGAGACGCUGCGAGUGCAACUAGACCGAGAGAAAGCCAAUGCUACGUCGGCCAAAGAGACGCUCUCGGAGCAGACCACACAGCUCAACUUGGCCAGACGUCGCGUGAAGGAACUGGAGCGCGACUUGCGCUCUCAUGCGGCGCUGCUGAGUGACGCAACAAAGGAACUGGAGGAGCUGCGCAGGAAGAGCGUGGACUUUGACUUGACGAGAGACGCCGAGAUGACCAAACUGCGACGGGAAUGGACAGCGAAACAUCUGGACGCACAGGCCCAGUGGAAGAAAGACGCCGAAGAUCGGCUGCAGUCGAUGGAGAUGGAAGUGCGCAGCCACUUUGACAGCGUCUCGGGGAGUCUGCAGACGCAGCUGGAUGACGUGCGAGCAGAGCUGGAUAGCAGCAAGAUGGAGCUGGACCGCACGGCUAAUGACUAUGAAGAGAGUUUGAAGGCGCGGCAGUCGCUUACAGAGAAGGUGGCGCAGCUGGAACGAGAGUACCGUGAAGUGCGCUCCAAGUCAACUAAAGACCGCAAGGCUUAUGAAGAAACGCUGGAGAGAUUCCGGUCCUCUAAAGUGGCUAAAGAGCGCGAGUUUAACGAGCUCAUGGACGUCAAGAUCGCCUUGGAUGCGGAGAUUAUGAAGUACCGACGCAUUUUGGACCGCGAAGAGAGUCGAGUGGCUGUCGCGACGCCCAAUACGAAAGGACGGAAGCGGAAGAGCGACACCACAAACGGCACGUCGUCAAAGCGAGUCAAGCGCUCGAUUAUUCAGACCGAAUCGACGUCGUCUUCAGCGUCGGCGGUGCAAAUCGCGGCGAUAAACUUGGACAAGGACCGACUCGUGAUCAAGAAUUCUAGUAGCGAUCCGGUGCCUCUAGGCGGCUGGGUCGUGCGUGGUCAGAUGGACCAGACGUUCCGCUUCCCAGCGACCUAUGUGAUGCGGCCACAGUCGACGUUGACGGUGCAUUCCAGCAAGAGAAACAAGAACGCCAAGAACGAGCGGGUGAAAGGAGAAGACUCGUUCCUGGCCAACAAGUUCUCGCUGAACCCGAAGGGCGACUUUGUGGUGCUUUGGACCGCCGAUGAUAUCCCUGUGAGCAUGAAGAGCCAAGGAUUGGCUGCAGAGGAGGUUCGCGCGAUUGAGGCAGAAUACCGCGCUGAUUUCCUGGACGACGACGUCCCUCCCUCCGGCAACGUGCCAGUCAAAUAG